CAGUGGGGCGGAAGAUGUCCGGACAGCAGGACCUGAGCGACUUCGAGUACCAGCUGCAGGCGGAGCGGUUGGCGGGGGACGCGGGGGACGCGGGGGCCGCGGGAGGCUGGGACAAAACGCAGACGUAUACGGACCCCAGCGACGGGACCCUGUACGAGUGGGACGCCGAGAAGAAGGGGUGGUUUCCGAAGAUCGAUGAUAAUUUCCUAGCUGCCUAUCAGGCCAACUACGGAGUAGCGCAGCCCGAGACCACACCCACUGACCCCGCCCCCUCAGAGCCAGUCGUGCAGCCAGUAGCGGUGACCCCACACCCAGCAGGUGGUGAAAAGCCAACACCUGACGAGCAGUCUUCAGCUAGCUCUGAAGAUGGCACACGGAAGAGGAAGCAAGAACCGGAGGAGGGAUGGUUUGAAAUCGAGGACUCGAAAAACCACAACAUUUACGUGUCUGGUCUUCCACGCGACGUAACCCCCGACGAGUUUGAGCAACUCAUGUCCAAAUAUGGCAUCAUCAUGGAGGACGAUGAUGGAGAACCAAAACUGAAGUUGUACACAGACUCAAAUGGAGAGGUAAAGGGCGACGGUCGUUGCUGCUACCUCAAGAUUGAGUCAGUGGCUCUGGCACUGCAGCUGUUGGACGGAAUGCAGUUGAGAGGCAGCACCAUCAGAGCCGAGAAGGCAAAGUUCAGUCUGAAGGGGAGCUACAAUCCAGCUCUGAAGAAAAAACCGAUGAAGAAGAGUAAAAAGAGCAAACAGAGUGCCCAGGGAAAGCUACUGGACUGGAGAGAACGUAAAGCAGCAACCAAUGAACAUAAGACAAAGUACGAUAAGAUUGUCAUCGUCUCCCACGCCUUCCAUCCCAGCGAGUUCGAGGAAGAGGCUCUGCUGAUAAAUGAGAUAAAGGAUGAUCUGAGGGAAGAAUGUGGGAAAUUUGGAGUUGUGAAGAAAAUUCUUCUCUUUGAUGUGAGGAAAUUGUGGCUGUACGUAAGGGCUAAAUUUAGGAACUGUUACUAUAAAUGGAAACCUAACGGCAUUCUUGCACUGUAACAUGUCUCUGGUCCAGCGUCAUCCAGGGGGUGUGGUCUCGGUGGGGUUCAAGGAGGCGGAGUCAGCGGCCGCGUGUGUGACGGCCAUGAAUGGGAGGUGGUACGGAGGAAGACAGCUGGGUGUGGCCAUCUGGGACGGCGUCACCAACUAUCAGGUGGAGGAGACAGAGAAGGAGAGAGAAGAGAGACUCAAAGAGUGGGAGAACUUCCUGGAGGAAGGGGAGGGGGAGGGAGGGAAGGGGGGUGGGAAGGGAGGGGGAAAGGACUCCACUGCCACAUCUACACACCAAUCCAGAGGAGAAGAUAAGGAAAGUGGUGAAAGCUGAAAAAGACAUUCUUUUAUGUGAAUCUUUGUGACAAUUCUCUUCCAUUCUCACGCACAGACAAUAUUAUAGGCAGGGAUUUUCUGUUUAUAUGCGUCAAUCAGUGCGCUGUUUAACUGCGCAUGCAUAUAUACUGCACCUUCUUGCGCAAACCUGUUCGACAUUAAUGCCUGCUUCUCGCUCGCACUUGCCAGAAAUGCAUAUGCCUGUCUACUGUUGUGCAUGAUUAUCCUAGGUACAGUAUA